CGUCUUUAAAGCGAGGAAGCAAAACGUAGCUGGAGAAAGCUAUAAGGAUGUCGCAAGUUGAAGUGGUAAGCUCGAACAGUGGCCGGUCCGAUCAGUCACCUAUUGACCACUCGCGACGCAGAAUCGAUUUCCAUUGCCAUAUAAUCAGUAAUUUCCCAACAUUAAUGACGCGUGACUUUCAGUGGAUCUGAUUGAAGCCGGUCACUUCUGUGUGUGUUGUAAUUUUCUUCGAAGGCCGUAAUAGUCGCAGUUGAUUUGAAAAAUCGUUCGUGUUGAAAAUAGUAAACAGUUUGAUGUAGAAUCGUCAGCACGGGUGAAAAGAUGUUGGAGUUUGGAUUCACGUUUCUGUUACUCGGCGUAGGAAUUGUCCUUGGUAGACCAAGUGAACAACCAAUAAAAUUCGAUUUGUCACCAGCACGGGAUGCCGUAGGAUCCGUCAGCGACGGUACCUUUUCGAAACUGCAGCAAGGACAGGAAUUCUUAGGACAGGUUGCCGAUGCUAUCAGAUUCGGAAGAGGGAGAUUAGUCCAUUCGGCCACAAUGGCGAAAAACAUCAUUGCCGAAAGGGCAGAGCAGGCCGCAAGCGAGGCUCAAAAUAACGUAGCUUCGGUGAUAGCUGCAAAAGGGGACCUGAUAGCGCAAGGACGAAGUGCUUUGGAGACCUUUCCAAAAACAGGCUUCUUCAAUAUCCUUCCUCCAAUAACCAGAGAAACGGUCCAUUUGGAAAGCUCGAAGAACCAGGCUCUUUUGGAGAAACCCGUGAUGGGCCCCGUCGCAGGAUUUAUCGAAAGUAUCCUCAGACCAACCCCCUUAGUCGACAAAAUCAAAGAGAGCGACAAAUAUGGAAAUUCGGGGGAGAGGUUCGCUGGGAUAGGAAAAGCCAUAGUCGACGGAUACGAAGGAUUCAGCAAUUUUCUCAACACCGUUGUUGACUUCCCAGUCGAUGCGGCCAAGAAAACAUCACGAAAGAUUACUGAAACCUUGAACCAAUUUGGAGCUCACCUAGUCGGCCUUGCGUAGUAAUUUCAAAAUGAUGAUCAGUUGCUGUUAUGUUUUACAAAA